AUGGCGGCGCCCAGGUACACGUUUACCGUGUUGCUAUUGUUGAUUUCCUUGUUUUCGCCUGUUUUCAUCGCCCAGAGACCUCCUCCUGGCGCGAUCGUACCCACCACAGACGACCUGAGAAGACUGGUCGCCACGGAAGAGCUUGUCUUGGUGAAUUUCUAUGAGCCGAGCUGUGCAGAGUGUGAGGCAUUCUACCCUGCCUACACAGACCUGGCACAGGAGCUGGAACAGACUGACGUGGUCUGUGUGUCACACAACGGACCGCUUCCCGAGUACGGAGUCAACAGUUACCCCAGGGUACUGUUCUUCAGGAAGGGCAGCCCUGUGUUAUUUGAUGGUGCACUGAUGCAGGAGGACCUAUCAGAAUGGGUGGAGCUGAACAGACAGUCCAACCUGCAGCACCUGUUUGAGGACAACUUUGAACACCUGACUCAGGCUUCUACUGGGGCCACAACAGGGGACUGGCUCGUUAUGUUCUCAUCUGAAUCGUGUGGUGACUGCAGAAUGGCUGUACCAGUUCUGGAUGCUGUAGCAACUAAAGUGAAGGGGAGACAGAAUGUUGCAGUUGUUGAUGUGGAGAAAAAUCCUCAACUCAAGGACAGAUUCAAGGUCGCUCAAGUGCCAACAAUAAUCUUCUUCCGUCUAGGAAAGAUGUACACCUACAGCCUACCCAAACUGGACAUUCCCACAAUGAAGUCCUUUAUGGAGGGCUGGUACAAAAAUGUGAGAGCUGAGGCAGUACCUGGUAUACCUACACCAUUUGACCAACUUGUAGAAAACAUUGCUGAUAACCUAAAGGUGUUUGUGGAAAAAGUGAAGACAGAAGGUUUGGUGACAGCACUGACUGGUAACCUGGUCAUCAUGUUGUCGGUGGCAGGGUUGUUUGUUAUUAUACUAACAGUUGUUGUUUGCCUAACAUGUACAUGUAAACAAGACCAAAAACUCAAAACAGAGUAACCAAAUAUGUUCAAGUUUUUGUUCUGUU